UUUCACUAAGCGCUUUUUGUAAUUGGACUGGACGGGUCCGACUGCUCUUUUUUUUAUUAUUUCAAGGAGGGAAAUACCCUCAUUUCGUUUUUUUUCUCAUUCCCAAUAAAAGACGACUGGCCAUUUGAUUUGAACAAAACAAAACACGAUCUUUUCUUACGGCGACUACCUAGUACUUUACAGUAACUUGCGAGAAAAUACCUACAUAAGAUCUAAACCUAUUUCAUCCUAUCGGAAAAUAGAAUUCCCUCUCUUUUUUCUUUACAUAUGUACCUAUCAACCUACAGGUACCUACUUAUCUAAAUUUUGACUUCUGCAUUCUGAAUUCAAUCUUCCGGAUCUCCGACCAAUUCCCACGCACCCUUCUCUUAUUACAAAGAAACAUUUCCUGUGUUCCCUCCAAAUCCUGAUCGACUAGACUUCUGAAUUCACGAAUCUUCAUCUACGUUAUCGGGCCUAUUUCCUUGAGGAGGAUCCUCACACUGUUUUGUCGACUCGGCCUAUCGGGAUCGCCUUUUAUCAGAGAUGAAGGUCUUUUCCAACUCGCACACCUUCAACUACUCUUGGGAAGAGGUAUCGACCGCCAACUGGCUGAAAUACUGCCCAUGGAAUGACAAAUCCACCCACGUUAUAGCUGUCGACACCCUCGCUCGAGAAGUCGACCCAGCGACCGGUAUCCUGCGAACAGAGCGACUCAUCACCUGCAAACAAUCCGCGCCAGAAUGGCUGAAAUCAAUGAUGGGCUGCGCGGAGACGAGCCAAGUUUUCGAGACAUCCUACGUUGACCCCGCCGCGAAGACCGUCACGAUGGUGUCGCAGAAUAUCACAUGGGCCAACCUGGUCAACGUGCAAGAGACGGUGAUCUACCGACCGCUGGAUAUGCACAGGACACAAUUCGAGCAAGACGCAAGGAUAACAGCCUUAUGCGGUGGCUGGCAGCGAAUCAAGAACAGCAUCGAGGACUCCCUCGUCACCCGCUUCAAGGAAAAUGCGACGAAGGGCAAGGAGGGCUUCGAGUGCGUAUUAGCUAUGAGCCGGAGGGUCUUUGCGGAAGAGCGAGAACGAGAGCGGCAACGAGGUGAAUCCAAGAUGAUGGCAUAGAUCGGCAACCUUCUGCGAUUUUCCCACCACCAUCAAACACCUCUCUUCUUAUCGCGUCCAUUAUAGACGAACGAACUAGACGGCCAACCAUAGCACUGCAUUUUCAAGGAGUCUUGUUAUUAUUAUUACUAUGUUUUUUUUGGGAGAGAGAGAGAAAGAAAAAGGAGUGGGCCCAGUUUCGUUUGCAUUCGAUAAAGAAAAAGAGCACGGCGUUUCGGCAUACCCAUUUUUACACACUACACAACACACCUUGUGGCAUUUGUAUAGAGAGAUAAAAAUAUUCGGUGAAUUAGAACUUACAGUAGCUGCGUCCCUGGCAAUGAGUCGGCCUAUUUUUUGGGGGGACAGGAACGAGAGAAAAGCCAAACGCUAGCUGGAAUAUUAUAUAUUAUAGAGUAGCUCUCUACUAACCCUUGGCUUGGCCGAGGGCAGUAUAGAAGAGCAGAGGAUAUAGAUAAUACUCCAAUCUUCAUGAUCA